CGGAGGAAUGGAUACUGUUGCCAUUCAGCUGUGGGCAACCCUCUCUCUGCUGGUGCACCUUGCAGCUUGCAGUCCCAUCAUGAGCCUGGAGCAGACUUCCCUGGAGGAAGAUGUGCCCCUCUUUGAUGAGCUCCUUUCGGAGCAGGAUGGUGUUGAUUUCAGCACACUGCUUCAGAACAUGAAAAACGAGUUCCUGAAGACGUUGAAUCUCUCUGAUAUUCCCCUGCAUGAAACGGCUAAGGUGGAGCCCCCAGAAUACAUGUUAGAGCUGUACAACAGGUUUGCCACUGAUAGGACCUCAAUGCCAUCUGCAAAUAUUGUUAGAAGCUUCCAAAAUGAAGAUCUGACUUCCCACCCUAUUGGUGUCACAGGAAUCCGGAAAUACCCUCUUCUCUUCAAUGUCUCCAUCCCUCACCAUGAAGAGAUCACGAUGGCAGAGCUGAGACUCUACACACUGGUGGAGCGGGACAGAAUACUCUAUGAUGGGCUGGAUAGGAAAGUCACCAUUUUUGAAGUACUGGAGAACAACCAUGCGGGAAGAGAAGGAGAGGAGAGAAAAAUGGUGGCACUUGCAUCCAGGCAGAUCUACGGCACCAAUAGCGAGUGGGAGACCUUUGAUAUCACAGAUGCCAUGAGGCGCUGGCGUAGGUCAGAGUUGACCACUCACAGGCUGGAGGUGCAGAUAGAGAGCGGAGAAAGGGAGGAGCCAAACGGAGAGGGGAAACUCGAUAUUGACAUCAAUUCCGAGGCCAAGCACGUGCCUCUGUUGAUUGUGUUCUCAGAUGACCUGAGCAAUGACAAAAAGGAGGAGAAGCAGGAACUGGACGAAAUGAUAGACCACGAGCAGCUGCUGGAUUUGGAGAACCUGGGCAUGGGCAACUUCCACAACGGGCCAGGUGAAGAGGCGCUGCUCCAGAUGCGCUCCAACAUCAUUUAUGACUCCACUGCCCGCAUCCGGAGGAACGCCAAGGGCAACUACUGCAAAAGGACUCCACUCUAUAUCGAUUUCAAGGAGAUUGGCUGGGAUUCCUGGAUCAUCGCCCCAACGGGAUACGAAGCCUAUGAGUGCCGCGGAGUGUGCUCCUACCCUUUAACUGAACACGUCACGCCAACUAAACAUGCCAUUGUCCAGACUUUGGUUCACCUGAAGAAUCCUCAGAAAGCUUCCAAAGCCUGCUGUGUGCCUACCAAGCUUGAUCCCAUCUCCAUCCUCUACUUAGACGCAGGGGUGGUUACUUACAAGUUCAAAUAUGAGGGGAUGGCAGUUUCAGAGUGUGGCUGCCGAUAGUAGAAGGGAAUGCAUGCCCCGUGCGUGCACCAGGGGAGUAUUUAAUAAUUCAGUCUGUAAAUUUGUACAUUUUGCAUUUCCUAUUUAAUAAGGUUAUUUAAUGAGGAGUGUACAGAUAAUUGUAUGUUUCAUGUCAUAGGGAAUG